GUAGUAAGGUGGGGCUGCUAUUUGGGGAAGAGGUGAUGCAAGCCACCAGUGAGGCGAUGGCGGAGAAGAGGUCUGCGUCGCCUCGACGAAGUCAGAGACGUGAGCGAGGAGGAGAGAGGGUGAGAGAGAGCGUAAUGGACAGCAGUACAGGAUGAACAGCUGGGUUACAACUAGGGGGCUCAGAUCUACUGGCGAACAAGGGCUGAAUCACCAACAAGUAGCCCAAGUUAGCAAGCGAUGGGUCUGGCCGGCGGGAUUGAAGCAGAUCCACCCUGGAUAAAACAUGCAGGGUGGGGGUGGGGCUGCUGAGUGGAAUUCAAAACACGAGAUGGAGUUGAUAUGAAAAAUCGGCAACGCGGAGUUCGUGGUGUGCUGUCCCAGAAAAUCGUUCUCAUCGCGUUCGACUUCGAAAGCCAUCGUCGUCGAUAUCUCACGUACGUUGUGCAUGAGUGUUGUCACGACUUUCAUCGCUUGAGAGAGACGGAUCUGAGCUGCGCGGGUGUGACGGACUAGGCUAAUCUUGUCGAGCUUCCAUCCUCGUGUGGUAGGUUGGGGAGGAGGAGGAGGAAGGGCCCGGUGUGGUUGUGAGUCUGGUGAGGGGAAAACAUCUCCAGGCGGUAGUAAUCGAGCUCCAUAGGCACGUAGGUGUGUAGAAGGUUACCAUCUCAGGAGAGGCUUUAGAUUUGCAGUCGUGGUUUUGCAGCUCCAUGCGCAAGCAGGGAUGAGAUUUUAUGACCGUGGUUGAGUCGAGUCCAGGGGGAUUCGGCUUUCGGGUGCUCCUUGUAAGGGGUUUGAAUUGUUUGGAUGCUGGUGAAAACCCAGGAGGAGCAGGUCAUGCGGAGAGGCUGAGGCCAGGGAGGCUUGAAACUUUAGAUGUGUGGAUUCCAUGUAGACAGGCGGGUGAGAGUUGGGGAGAGCCUGGCACGCAGAGCUGGGUACAGAACAAUUUUCUGAAUGACUAAAGCGUUGAGGUAUUUGUGCUGUGGGGCAAAAUGUCUCGGGGCUUCUACCAAGCCCGAGAAGGAGACGACUUCGAAGAAAGUUGUCAAGGGCUCGAAAUCCAAGAAGCGUGGCAGCGUUUUAGUGCAGAAGCCCGCGGACACGACGUUCUACGGGCCGCGAAUCUUCACAUUCAGGGAGUUGUCGACGGCGACGAAGCAGUUCAGCGCGGAAGAGGUCCUCGGUCGGGGUGCCUUCGGGAGCGUAUUCAAGGGGACAUUGAAGGAUGGAUCAAUAGUUGCAGUGAAGCAGAUCGCGCACGAUUCCAACCAAGGAGAGCGGGAGUUCCUGGCCGAGGUUUCUAUCAUUAGCCGCAUUCGUCACCAAAACCUUGUGCAACUUCAGGGAUGGUGCCACGAGAAGGGCAACCUUCUCCUGGUCUACGACUACAUGCCCAAUGGCUCUCUCGACAAGCUCCUCGAAGGGAACAAUGCCAACGCGAAGCUGGCGGGAUGGGAUUUGCGGCACUCUGUUUUGCGAGGAGUGGCGUGUGCAUUGUCGUACCUUCACGAAGAAUGCCAACAAUGUGUGCUACACCGCGACGUGAAACCCAGCAAUGUAUUACUGGACGAGAAUUUCAGCCCACAUCUCGCUGACUUUGGACUCGCCCGCCUGAUUCAUCACACUACCGACAACGUGCAGACGACAAUCAUCGCCGGAACACGGGGCUACUUAGCUCCGGAGCUCGCACAAGUAGGCAAAGCUUCAACGAAAUCCGACGUGUUUAGUUUUGGCGUGUUGGCUUUGGAAGUUGCGACGGGCCGCAAAGCGCUUGAGAAGACCCAGUCGGAGAAGCAAGCUGUGAGUCUGGUAGACCUUGUGUGGCGAGCGCACGAGCAGCACAAGCUUCUGUCUAUGGCGGAUCCGAAGCUCGAAGGCGCAUACGACCCCGAGAAAAUGAACAAAUUACUCCAGAUGGGAUUGUUCUGUUGCCACCCCAAUCCCGAAGCCCGCCCUCCCAUGAACUACAUCCGCCAGUGGUUCAUUCAAGAGGUUCCACUCCCCGAUCUUCCCCCAGUCAAACCCCGCGUCAACUACGUCCUCACCUCGCCAUCGCCCCCCAAGCUCGCGCUUCCGGCCCCCGAGGCCAAGCUCGCCAUCGCAGGCCCCGAGGCGAAGCUCGCGCUUCCGGCCCCCGAGGCCACGCUCGCUAUCGAAGGUCCCCAGAAGAGCAGUAGCACCCCAAGCAAAUCUCCAAGCCCUACUGACAACCGCAGCCCGGCACCGAAGAGUCCCAUUCCUCGAAGCCCCACAACCCCGAGCCCGAUCACCUCGAAGGAGCACACAAAAUCGAACGGCGCCAGCCCGCAACCUCAAACGACGCCACAAACUCAACCGACGCAACCAAGCUCUGCUACUAACGGUAAUUAGAUUAUUUCAUAUCGCAAUCUGCACUGGGAAAUUCUUGUGCUGUGGGCUGAUUAGUACUGGUUACGGGUUCGGAGGGUUACAGAACUACAAUUAAGUCGCUUCACAGGAACCCUGUAAUCUAUUUAACUUCAUUCCCGUCACUAUAUUUCAUUUAGGGUUUCAAAUGAGUAUAUAGUCGAGUAAGCUUCUGAUUGUUGGGCAACAGACAUUCUCACUUCUUCUGCUCGUCGCGGAUGUUGCCCUCUCCCAUCAAUCACCGCGUGUGAACCAAUAUUUUUUCUCGUGUAACUCAUAUGGUUUCUUUCUCCAACGAAUUCGUUCCCGGGUAGUAAUCUACAGACGAUCUGCUUUGAAGUGGGCAAUCGCUUCACUUCAGUUGGGUCUUUCUCUCUGUUUUCCGGGUCACAGGAUCCGCAUCGUGGUCCGUCCCCGCCGUGAAUUCGAUCGGUCCACGCAUUCUCGUGGGAGGGAUCGGGCAAUCCGGUUGUGGGUUUAUGACGGAUCCGCGAUCAUGGAGCGUAUCGAUUGGAUUUUUGCGGGUCGCGAGUGCGCGAGGGGCUCGCUCGCUCGCCGGUGGAGCGAGGCUUGCGCCCCUCAGACGGCGAGAGCUUCAAUGGGCGGGCUUCCAUGCCCGUGGCACCUCCUCGGCAGUUAGGGUUUUGGUAGUUGUUUGGAUGCAACUUUCCAUGUACAAAUAAACAAUUUAUGAUAUUCUUCGGCAUCUUUUUGUAUUAUUUUUAAUGAAACCAUGAUAAUUCUUUUUGUUCA